GGAAGUAGUGACGACAUUAGCAUAAUUAUCAAUUACCACAAAGAAUGGUCAUCGUUGAAAUUGAUGGGUUGUUGCUGGUCUACUAUUCCUGUUCGUCCUUAUAAACCGAAGCUAACAAAAAGCUCAAAGCUUGAUCAGUUUCAGCUUCUCAGUAGCUGCGAUCCUCUGCUUCUAAACCAUGCAGGUCCUCUUUAGCAGCUCUCUCUGUAUCCUCCUUGCCCUUCUCAUCCACAGGGUAUCAUCGGAAACAUUUUCACGGAAUAAAGGAGAAGAACAUGCUAGCUUUCCACCCAGAGGUUGGAACUCCUAUGAUUCUUUUUGCUGGACCAUUUCUGAACAAGAGUUUUUGCAAAAUGCUGAAAUCAUAUCUCGCCGGCUUCGUCUUUAUGGAUAUGAGUAUGUGGUGGUGGACUUCCUUUGGUAUAGAAGAAAGGUUCCAGGUGCUUAUACCGAUUCUCUUGGAUUCGAUGUAAUUGAUAAAUGGGGGAGAAUGAUCCCUGAUCCAGAUAGGUGGCCUUCGUCCAAAAAUGGAAAAGGGUUCGGUGAAGUAGCAAAGACAGUACAUAGCCUGGGUUUGAAGUUUGGUAUUCAUGUUAUGAGAGGAAUAAGUACUCAGGCAGUGAAUGCUAACACCCCUAUCUUGGAUGUCACCACGGGAGCUGCUUAUGAAGAGUCUGGAAGAAAGUGGACUGCGAAGGAUAUAGGGAUCAAGGAAAGGGCCUGUGCAUGGAUGCAAAAUGGUUUUAUGAGUGUGAAUACCAAGUUAGGGGCUGGAAGGGCCUUUCUAAAGUCACUUUAUGUACAGUAUGCCGAGUGGGGAGUUGAUUUUGUGAAACAUGACUGCGUGUUUGGUGAUGACUUGGACUUGGAUGAAGUAACCUUUGUUUCAGAGGUUCUGAAGGAACUUGACCGCCCCAUAGUAUAUUCUCUUUCUCCUGGAACCAGUGUUACACCUGCCAUGGCUAAGAAGGUCAAUGGACUAGUCAACAUGUACCGUAUAACUGCUGACGAUUGGGAUACAUGGGGUGACGUUGUAUCCCAUUUUGAUAUUACCAGGGAUUUUUCCACCGCCAAUAUGGUGGGGGCAACAGGAUUGCUGGGGAAGUCAUGGCCUGACUUAGAUAUGCUACCAUUGGGAUGGCUUACUGAUCCAGGUUCAAAUGAAGGUCCGCACAGAAGAUGUAAACUUACUUUAGAUGAGAAAAGAACUCAGAUAACUUUGUGGUCUAUGGCCAAGUCUCCUCUCAUGUUUGGAGGAGAUGUGAGAAACCUUGAUUAUGCUACUUAUGGUCUCAUCACUAUUCCUACGCUGCUGGAGAUAAAUUCUUUUAGCUCAAAUAAUAAGGAGUUUCCUUAUGUUACCGGUUCAAAAAGUUUGAAGAACGAAGACCAGGUUUCUACCUUGCAAUCAGGGAGGCAUGUGACAGAUGGGAGAUCUCCAAAAACACAUGUUCUAGGUCUUACUAGCUGUGAAGAUGUGAAAGCAAUUGGCUGGUCUAUUGAAGCUCUUGAUCAAGAUCUCGAGCAGAUCUGCUGGAGAGAAAAAUUAGAAAACAAACAUCAAACACCUUUUUGCCUAUACAAGAGGAAAUCUCGUGUAGCAUCAGAUGAAGAUAUAGGUUACCAACAGAAAUACCAAGGGAAAUUCCAUUUAUUAGCAACUGAUGGAAGCAAGUUUUGCCUGCAUGCUUCUCCCAAGAAAAAGAUCACUUCCAAAGAGUACAGGAGAGGUUCAUUUUCACCUUGCCAACAGGAUGCUAACCAGAUAUGGGAAUUUAAUCCAAAUGGAACCCUGACAAAUAGUUAUUCCAGCCAAUGCGCCACAUUGAAUUCUCUUAGAGCUAAGAAAGCCAUUUCCACUGGUGUUCGAUCUUGGAUUGCAACUGGACUAAAAGAUAUUGGUACAUUCAAUGUAACAAGAAUUCAUUGGGCCUCAGGAGAAAUAUAUCUAGCUUUCUUCAACCUCAACUCAAAGAAGACAGUAAUAUCUGCAAAGAUAUCUGACUUGGCCAAGGCACUUCCUGGGAGAAAUUUGACUGGAGCUUCUUGCAAAGGCUAUGAAGUAUGGAGUAGAAAAGACUAUGGGAUAAUGUCCCAGUCAAUAUCAACACCAGUAGAAAUGCAUGGUUCUGCACUAUUUGUCCUCCACUGUUUUACUGCAUGAAAAAAUAUAAUAUAAUAUAAUAAUAUUACUUAAUAAGAAAUUAUGUCCUUUAAAUUUUCA